AUGAAAUCCAUAUCGUCUAAUACGGAAGAGCCAGAUGCUCUUCGCCUCAACGACGUCCUCCCGGACUUUGAUGGAAAGAAAUGGUACCAACUGACCCACAUUCGGAAACUCUUGGGCGUUUUUUUCAUCAUAACUUUGACAGCAACAAAUAACGGUUAUGAUGGUAGUCUGUUGAACUCGCUUUAUACGGAGGACAGCUUUAACAAUGCGAUUGGUAAUGUCGAGGGUGCCAUCUUGGGUGCCAUGUCCAAUGGUUUUGGUUUUGGUUGUUUCGUCACCUUCUUCUUUGCUCCUUAUAUCAUCGAUGGGUUGGGUCGUAAGUACUCAUUACUGAUCAGCAAUUUUGUCAUGAUUAUCGGUACUAUCGUGCAAAGUUGUUCAGGUGUAUGGGCCCUCAACCUGCCAGAGGGCUACAAAGGCAGAGACGUAUACGGUAUGCUGAUUGCCGCUAGAUUUAUUCUAGGUAUAGGUAGUGGUGUCAUGUCUAUUGCUGCUCCCGCAUUAAUCUCUGAAUUGGCCUACCCCACCCACAGACAAACAGUGAUGACUUUUUACAACUCAUCUUGGUACUUAGGUGCCAUUGUUGCGGCCUGGGUUUCUUUCGGUUGCAGAAACCUUGCAAAUGACUGGAACUGGAGACUUCCAGCCAUCAUGCAGGGUUUCUUCCCUAUUUUACAAAUUGCACUUUUGUAUUAUAUUCCUGAAUCCCCACGUUUCCUAGUUUCCAAGGGCAAGAUUGCAAAGGCCCGUGAAAUUUUGAUGAAAUAUCAUGCAGGUGAUGAUGAAAUUCGUGGUGGUCCUUUAGUUGAUUACGAGGUUUCGGAAAUUACCAUGGCAAUCCAACAGGAGCGCGUUUUCAGUGAGACAACAUCUUACAAAGAUUUCAUCAGAACUGCAGCGAACAGAAAGCGUCUCUGGAUUAUUUGCUGGAUUGGUAUUUUCAUGCAAUUGUCUGGUAAUGGGCUGGUUUCCUAUUACCUGGGCAAGGUUUUGACUUCCAUUGGUAUUACCUCAGUUACUGAGCAAUUGGUUGUUAAUGGUGGCCUUAUGAUCUACAACUGGGGUGUAUGUUUGAUUCAAUCUCUCUUCAUUGUUAACCACUUGAAAAGAAGGGUUGUUUUCAACUGCUCAAUUGGUGGCAUGCUCCUCUGCUUCACAAUUUGGACGAUUCUAUCUGCCAUUAAUCAACAACGUAAUUUUGAAGACAAGUCUCUCGGUAAGGGUGUUUUGGCCAUGAUCUUCUUUUACUAUUUCUGCUACAAUUUUGGUCUCAAUGGACAGCCAUUCUUGUAUGUGACCGAAAUUUUACCUUAUUCUCUCCGUGCCAAAGGUUGCAAUGUGUUCACUGGUAUUCAAUAUAUUGUCAUGGUUUACAAUGGUUUUGUGAACCCCAUUGCAAUGGACGCUAUUGAAUGGAAAUAUUAUAUCGUUUACUGCUGUAUUUUGGUGGUCGAAUUUGCUGUAUGCUUCCUCACCUUUGUUGAAACAUCUGGUAGGACUUUGGAAGAGGUAUCAGAAGUUUUCGGCGACGGUAUUGCCUCCAUGCCUGAGCUUGCCGUUGCAAUGGCUCUAGAAGACGGAAAGAAGGAUUUGAACUUCGACACUGAGCAUAUCGAAACGAAAAGCUGA